AUGAUAGGUUACAAAGGUACAACAGCACCAACAUCAUAUAGGCAGUACAUGCCGAACAAGCGUGCCAAACGUAGUUUUAAAGUAUGGACUAGGUGUGGAGUAUCGGCGUUUAUGUACGAAAUGAAUUUGUAUUAUGGUGCAUCAAAGGCUGUGACAGUCGAUACAUCAUUACUUGAUUCCUCAUUGAAGCGUGCUUUGCGUACAACAACAACAGCAACGAUGCCAAACGAAAAUCAAUAA